AGGAAACUGAAGCCCAGCGAGAAGGGACCAGUUCGCAAUCUCUGCAGGUUUAGGAUGCGAAUAACAAGUCCGUUUUGCGCACAUGCCACCCGAUCCAUUCAGACUCCCGGCAUUUGCCCGGCUCGCCCGCGGGGACCGGGAGCUUUCAGGGCGGGCCACCAGCUCCCGGGACGCUUUCAACCUGGGGAACGGGGGCGGCGGGCGAGUCGCCAUUGGCCGGGGCACAGCGGGCGCGUCCUCAUUGGCCAGGAAGGAGCCCACCCGCUCGGGCCGGGGCGGCCGCGUGGUUGGCCCCUCCCUCGGCUAUAAGGCGGCGGCCGGCGGGGCCGUGGGAGCGCGCGGGAGCGCACGACGGGGCGCGGCCGAGGUUGGGACGCAGCGCUCGGAGGAACGCGGCCCGGUGCCCAUGGCGUUCGCGCUGCUGCGCCCCGUCGGCGCGCACGUGCUGUACCCGGACGUGCGGCUGCUGAGCGAGGACGAGGAGAACCGCAGCGAGAGCGACGCCUCCGACCAGUCAUUUGGCUGUUGCGAGGGCCUGGAGGCGGCGCGGCGCGGCCCGGGCCCCGGGGGCGGCCGGCGAGCGGGCGGCGGCGCGGGCCCGGUGGUGGUGGUGCGACAGCGGCAGGCAGCCAACGCGCGGGAGCGGGACCGCACGCAGAGCGUGAACACGGCCUUCACAGCGCUCCGCACGCUCAUCCCCACUGAGCCGGUGGACCGCAAGUUGUCCAAGAUCGAGACCUUGCGCCUGGCGUCCAGCUACAUCGCGCACUUGGCCAACGUGCUGCUGCUGGGCGACGCGGCGGACGACGGGCAGCCCUGCUUCCGAGCGGCCGGCAGUGCCAAGAGCGCGGUCCCCGCCGGCUCCGACGGCGGCCGCCAGCCACGCUCCAUCUGCACCUUCUGCCUCAGCAACCAGCGCAAGGGGAGCGGCCGUCGUGACCUGGGAGGCAGCUGCUUGAAGGUGAGGGGGGUGGCCCCCCUGCGAGUGCCACGGAGAUGAGCCUGGACCCCGGUGGCAUUUGCUCCAAGCAGGACCUGGAGAAGGAAGCCAGAGGCCAGCCACGGGUUGACCAGGGGAGAAGCCCCAGGAGCUGAUCCUACCCCUCGAUUGUAUAGGGACCAGAGGACAAUGGCUUGGGCCCGUGACCCUUUGGACAGGCCCCCUGGGACAUCUCUACCCCACCGUGGAGAGCUGUGAAGACCUAUCCAGCUGGCCCCAGCCCUGGCUGGUCAAAGACAAGGCAGAACUUUUGGAAAAACAGAUUGUUGGUGACAGAGGGUGUGUGCAUGAGUGAGUGAGUAUGUAAAUGUGUGUGUGUGUGAGAGAGAGAGAGAGAGAAUUGGUGGGUUUAAAUAAAAGGUAUUUUUAAAUAAAGGAUGUUCCCAGCUGAGGAAGGGAAGGGUCUGGGGACAUCGGCGGUCAGAGGUGACCCUUCUCCUAGACCUUGGCAGAGGCACCGAUGUCACCAAUGCUGCCCUGUGCCCUGGAGGGAAUGGGUUGGGAGAAUGCAGGAAGACCCCAGAAGUCGGGAUAACUAAACUUUCCUCAGAGUCUUCUUGAAUACCUGUUGUGGUUGGUAAAGAAAUCUUAAUUGUAUUCAUUUUUUAAUAAGGAAUAUAUUCAUUCAUAUGGUUCAAAAUUCAAAAGGUACAAGAAGGUAUAUAGUGAAUACAAAGAUUGUCAGUGCCAAAGGGUAUCUCCAGCAGAUACCUAUCCACCUACCACUUCUCUCUGCCAGCAGCCUCAGCCACCAGUUAUGAUACCCAUUUCCCGUGAAUAACCAAGCAAAUACAGGGAAAAAAUACCUUUUUUCUUCCACUCUUUAUACAAACGGUAGCAUGUUACACAUGCUUUCUGCUCCUUGCUUUUUUGUUUUGUUUUCAUCUAACUUGGCUGUCAUCUCAAAUCAGAUCACAGAGGUAAAGGGUCCCCUUAUUCCUUUAGUGACUGCUUAUUGCACUUUAUGAAUGUACGAUGCAGGCAUACCUCGGUGAUAUUGCACAUUCGGUUCCAGACCACCACAAUAAAGCAAGUAUCGCGAUAAAGCGCGUCGUCAUCUUUUUGCUGGUGGAAGGUUUUUGCCUUAAAAAAACAUCUGUGAAGCGCUAUAAAGUGAGGUUAAUACAGCGAGGUAUGCCUGUACUUGAACCCAUCUCCUGUUCCUGUCUUGACAAACAGCUGUGUAGGCACGCAGUUUUCCACGUAUACUAAAAGGAAGUAUUCUUACCCCUGUUUUAAUUGAGAUUGGAGGAAUUAUGGUGCCUAAAGGUACAUGGCUGGCAUGUGGCAGGGUGACAAUGUGAUAUCUGUCCACCUUUAAAGCCCCUCCCCUGCUGGAGACGCCCCAGAUGCAGUGCCAGCUCCUGUGUCCCCAGUUCUCCCAGCAGCCCCGGGAGGUGGAGGCUGGUGUUUCCCCAUUUCACAGGUCCGGCUGUGACCGGGAUGGGGACAGCUGGCUAGUGGAGCCC